AUGGAAGAACAUUGCAUUGCUGAACCGGAGCAGACCCCUACUGUUCUCUACGCAUCUCGGCCCAACAGUUUCAACAGUCGGCCAAACAGUUCCAACAGUUGGCCCAAUAAUUCCAGUAAUUAUCGAGGUGGUGGUUCUUGGCGCAAUCAGCGAGGUGGCGGUCGCACAAACCGUCGGGGUGGUCGUGGUCAGUCACGAUAUCCGAUGCAACACUACGGUUACAAUCAAUUUCAUAACCAAUCACAACCUUGGCGGGCCCCUUAUACGCCUCGGACCUCUUCAUCGAUACAUGGACCCCCCCCCCCCCCUCCCCCAAGCUCUCCUAGUCCUUACCAUGCUCCUACAGCUCAUGCUUAUUACGUUGGACAGCAAGAUCCGACACCUCGCCCCUCCUCCACUGCCUACAAUUACCCUCCUCAACAGCACGUGAACUGUUCCAACAGUUUAUCUAACAGUGGUCCCCUGCAGCCAACAAAUCUUGCCACUCAUCUCAACACGUUGACUCUUCAGUCAUCGAGCGAACCUCAGUGGUUUAUGGACACGGGCGCCUCAUCUCACAUGGCACCUCACUCCGGUAAUUUUCAUUUUAUUUUUAAUCCUAGUAAUGAUUUCCCCAAGCAUGUCAUCGUUGGUAAUGGCUCCACCGUUCCUAUCCUUAAAGUUGGCGACACCAUCCUAACCUCUACCCCGUUUCGUCUAACAAAUGUCUAUGUUACUCCCCACAUCAUUAAGAAUCUCGUGUCUGUCCGCAAAAAUCACUAG